ACGGGUGCAGGGGCAGCGGGCGGGAGGACUGAGUCACGGGCCCUGAGCCCCCCUGCAUUCCUCUCUGCUCAGCCAUCCUGAUUGGCAGCCUCAGGAGGACAGGAAAAGGCUACUGGAAUCGUGCACGGUGAAUGAAGACAGGCAGGGAAAAUCCAGAAAGAACCUUUGACUUGGUAUUGAAAGUUAAAUGUCAUGCCUCUGAAGAUGAAGAUCCAGAGGUAUUGUGGAAGUUCCCAGAGGACUUUGCAGACCAGGAAGUACUACAGACUGUGCCAAAGUUCUGUUUCCCCUUUGACGUUGAAAGAGUGUCUCAGAAUCAAGUCGGACAGCACUUUGCCUUCGUACUGACAGACAUUGAAAGUAAGCAGAGAUUUGGAUUCUGCCGACUCACGUCAGGAGGGAAAAUCUGCUUGUGCAUCCUCAGUUACCUGCCAUGGUUUGAAGUAUAUUACAAGCUUCUAAAUACUCUGGCAGAUUACUUGGCUAAGGAACUGGAAGAUGAUUUGAAUGAAACUCUCAAAUCACUCUAUAACCAGCCAGUACCAAACGCAAACACUCCUGUCAAUUUGAGUGUGAACCAAGAGAUAUUUAUAGCCAGUGAGCAAGUUCUGAAAGAUCAGCCCUCCCUAGCACGGCAUUCCUACUUCAUUGCCCCUGAUGUAACUGGACUCCCAACAAUACCAGAGAGUAGGAACCUCACGGAGUACUUCGUGGCCGUGGACGCGCACAACAUGCUGCAGCUGUUCGCCAGCAUGCUGCACGAGAGGCGCAUCGUCGUCACCUCCGGCAAGCUCAGCACCUUAACCGCCUGUGUCCAUGGAUCGGCCGCCCUGCUCUACCCGAUGUACUGGCAGCACAUCUACAUCCCAGUGCUCCCUCCCCAUCUGCUGGACUACUGCUGUGCCCCUAUGCCAUACCUGAUCGGAAUACACUCCAGCCUCAUAGAGAGAGUGAAAAAUAAAUCAUUGGAGGAUGUGGUUAUGUUAAAUGUGGACACAAACACUUUAGAAUCACCAUUUAAUGACUUGAGCGGCCUACCGAGUGACGUGGUCUCGGCCCUGAAAAGUAAACUGAAGAAGCAGUCUACAGCUACGGGGGACGGAGUGGCCAGGGCCUUCCUGAGGGCGCAGGCUGCUUUGUUUGGAUCCUACAGAGAUGCACUGAGAUACAAACCUGGCGAGCCCAUCACGUUCUGUGAGGAGAGUUUCGUAAAGCACCGCUCAAGUGUGAUGAAACAGUUCUUAGAAACUGCAGUUAACCUCCAGCUUUUUAAGCAGUUUAUCGAUGGUCGACUGGCAAAACUCAAUGCGGGAAAGGGUUUCUCUGACGUAUUUGAAGAAGAGAUCACUUCAGGUGGCUUUUGUGGAGGGAACUCGAGGUCAUAUCAACAAUGGGUGCAUACAGUCAAGAAAGGAGGUGCACUGCUCAACACAGCCAUGACCAAAGCAACCCCCGCUGUGCGAACAGCGUAUAAAUUUGCAAAGAAUCAUGCAAAGCAGGGAAUAAAGGAAGUGAAGAGCAAGCUGAGACACAAGGAAAAUGAGGACGAUUGUGGGACUUGUUCUGGUUCUGUACAGUAUACGCCCAUUUACACGCUACACAGUGAAAAGGGAAGAAACCUAGCAAGGCGUAAGCUUGCCCAGCCACGCCUAAGAAGGCCUCUUCAGAGCCUGGAUGGUGUUCUGUGCGCUGACAACGAUGAGGACGCAGACAGAGCCAGCAAGUUGUCCUCUGAAGAUGGAGAAGAAGCGUCUGCUUAUUUCUACGAAAGUGACGACUCGCUUGAAACCAGAGCACAGGCCCCUUCCUCGGGUGAGAUGGACUUGCUGGGCGAGAUCCUGGACACGCUGAGCACACACAGCCCGGACCAGGGGAAGCUGGCGGCGGCCCGGAGCCUGGACUUCUUUAGGUCGAUGGACGACAUUGAGUACAAGCCCACGAAUAAAUCGAACACGCCCAGCGAGGACAACCUGGCCCUGCUUCGCGGCGGCUCCGGUGACCAGGCCGAGUGGCAUCUGGGGCAGGACGACAGUGCCCUCCACGGCAGGCAGCUCCCGCCCUCGCCCAGGAAGCGGGUGGGCUCCAGCGCGGGCACGGACUCUCCGUCCACCCUAAAGGAGGAGGACGGUGAGCGACGCCUCGGGGUUGGUGCCACGAGCCGGCCCGCGGAGCUGGGAGGGCCGGCCCCCGCCCCAGGGCUGCCUUUGCUGCUGGCUUCGCCCGGAGCUUCCCAAACAGAGAAGAAAGAAACACUAAGCCAGACUCCGGGUGGUCCACCGGUACCCAGCCUUGGGCGCCGUCCGUCUUUUGUUCCUUGGGAGAAAGAAGGGAAAGGAGCCAAAGAGAUUUCAGAAGGUUCUGGACUGCUUCAAGAAGUGGUAUCGUUAUGUCACAUAACAUCUGCCUUCCAGCAAGACUUAAACAUUUCAGAAGGAAAAGCAGGUGGAAACCAAUCUUAAAUCAACAAAUGAAGAGUCUGUCGCUUGCAUCCGAGCUUCCACGGAGACAUUUUAGGAGUCCCUGUCCCCUAUCAUAAACAAGGACUGGUAGAAAAGACAACUCUUACUACCGUCUAAACAUUGUUUUUCAUUUGGGACAUUUCUCCCACUCGUCUGUCUCGUGGUAUAUAGAUUUAUCCACUGAUUUUUAAAUGUAAAGCUACUUCUUCUACUGUGCUCUUAAAUCAGGUACUAGUUUGUAUGUAUGUUGAAAGUAUAUAUGGAACGUAUGAUUUCCCAGUAUUUGGUGCUUAACGCCACUUAUUUUAUUUAAACUAAGUAUGCAUCUAACCCUGGCACAUAACCAGUAGCUACUGUACUAGCCUGGUUGAGCCUGAACUGGCCAAGAUACCAAAACCUAUAUCAUAACUAGCCUGAAACUGCUGACCAACGAAUUGCCUUAAUCGUAAGCCUAUAUUAAGCAUACUUACGUAAUUUACGGAAUUACAGGUAAAUUUUGAAAGAUAAGUUAUGAGUGUUCUGCAGAGCAAAAAUGCCUUUUUCUGUUCAUCGAAUCAAGGACAAAAUUCAUUUUUUUCAAAGUUAAAAAGCUCUCUUGUGGACACUGCAGCCAUGUUUUCCAAAAAGCAUAAAGGUACACAUUUAACCUUACAUGUCACUCAGUGAAAUAUAUGAAGUGCUGAAUUACAAUGUGAAAUUAAUGACUUCUGUUUACAAAUGACACUUUAAGUUUUUUCACAAUCUUUCUGUAUGACUUUGCUAAAGUAGGAGUCACCCCCAGGAAGCCAAAUGCAACAUAAAGUGUCCUGAUAAAAAAGUGUUCCUAUCUGUUUUUCCCUUAACUAAUAAUUGUCUACCAGAAUGCUUCCUAUCAUCUCAAAUGGACUUCUUAAAAUAACUGACUUUUUAUUUUGGAAGUUUCAAGCGUAGAGAAACCAUGUGCAGAAAGCACAGUGCCCCCACGUUCCCCGACUCAGUCUCCACUGUUUCUAAUAUCCUAUGAGGUCAGUGCCGUACGUCUUCACAAUUCAUGAACCGUGCUCCGUGCACAUGUCCUUGGUUUUUCCCUACCGUCCUUUUCUGUCCCAGAAUCCCACCCAGGGACCACAUCACACUCGGCUGUCCCAGCUCCUUAGGCUCCUGACUUGGCUGUGACCCUCUCUCCGACUUGCCUGGAUUUUGACGACCUUGACCCUUUUGGGGAGGACUGGGCAGAUUAGAUAUGCUGUAGGAUGCCCCCUCUGCUGGAACUUGCGUGGUGUUUCUCUCAUGACUGAUUGAUUGUAACGGGACCGUGGGUUUGGGGGAGGGGGUUACAGAAGAAAAGUGCCGUCUUCAUCAUGACAUCCUGUCAAGGGUCCGUGCCGUCCACAUGAUUUGUGGAUGUUGACGGUGGCCUUGGUCACCGGGCUGAGGGGGCGCUUGUGGGGUUCCUCCCCUGCAAAGCCACCCCUUCCCCCU